AUGUCUUCCAGUCGGACGUAUGCCGGGAAUGCUUUAGGCGUAGGAAAACUAAUAAAGGAGAUAUAUUCUGCUGCUUCAUAUGCUGUUGGACUUUUCGAGGCGUGCGCCGCUGGCUCUGGCCAGUGCGAUUUUAUUUGCGAUAGCAACGAGGUAGAAGUACGGGUGCAAAUGAGUGCGAUGACGCAAUCUCUUUCUUUCGGCUCUGUGUCUAAAAUUAUUGCAGACUUUGUGCCCGAGAGAGUUGAUAAUAUGUGA